AGCCCUCGGGGCGGGGCCUGCGCGGCGGGGGCGGAUCUCCCGGGCUGGCGGGAAGUUUGACACCCAGAAGAUAAGGAGCCAGGCGGCCAGGCUAUUCCUGAGGGCAGGCUCCCCCGCUCCCUCUGAGAUUCAUCCGCUCUGGGGUUUGCGGACUGUAGGGCUCGAGGGAGACAGCCCGGCUAGGGGGACCUCCCGCGGGAACCGAAGACCCCGGGUCUCCGUGCAUGAGCUGACGCGCCGUGUAGGUACGACGGAGAGAACCUGCCUCCAUUGCCCGCGCGGAGGGGUCUUGGUCCCGCCCCCAGCCCCCUAUUGGUUGCUCAGAGGACGCGGACGGGCGGAUUUCCGCAGAGCCCGCCUUGCGCACGCGCGCUGCUGUUACUGCGUCACGCUUGCGCGUCACCGCCGCCCGUUAUGGCGGCCCCCGGGAGCCUUGGGGGCCCUGUCCUGAAAGAUGUUGUGGCCUAUGUUGAAGUGUGGUCAGCCAAUGGGACAGAAAAUUACUCAAAGACCUUUAGGAAUCAACUUGUGGAUAUGGGGGCAAAGGUUUCAAAAACUUUUAACAAACAAGUAACUCAUGUCGUGUUCAAAGACGGGUACCAGAGCACCUGGGAAAAAGCACAGAAGAGAGGUGUAAAGCUCGUCUCAGUGCUCUGGGUUGACAAAUGCAGGGUAGCUGGAGUGCACAUUGAUGAGUCGCUGUUCCCUGCAGCCAACACUAACCAACACCUACCAAGCCUGCUUAAAAAAAAACGCAAGUGUAUGCAGCCCAAAGAUUUUAUUCCCAGAACACCAGAAAACGAUAAAAGACUGCAAAGGAAAUUUGAGAAAAUGGCUAAAGAGCUGCAACAGCAGAAAACCUCUCUGGGUACCAACGUUCCUGUUCUCUCAUUUGAGUCUAACGGCUCAUUGGUGUACAGUCCGACAGGUAAAGUCUACAGGGGCCACCACAGUGCAAUGAAGAAGAGGCUGCAGGAGAUGAAGGAGAAACGGGAAAACCUUUCCCCCACCUCCUCCCAGAUGAUUGAACAGUCUGAUGAUAACACUGUGAACCUUCUGCGUGAAGCAUCUUUGAACCUUUCACAUGAUACUUUGUGUUCAGAUGACUCUUUUGCUGGUGGUCUUCCCGUGUCUGCUGACGAUUUCUGUGGAGGCUCUGCAAGUGGGACUCAGGAGAGGAAACUGUGCGAGUUCAUCACUGAAAGGGGAAGUGAUGUGUGUGCUGCGUCGCCGGUGUUGCAGACAGGCAGCGUUGGCCCCUUAGCAGCUCCCUGUCCCCUGGAUCUCUUGACUCCUCGCAGAUCCACCAGCAGUCCUCCCAAGGCAGAGACCCCCCAGCAGAGUGGGGCUGCGGGUGGGGUUGUCACCCCCAUCUCGAAGCCAUCGCAGCCAGUGGCCCAGGGGUCGUCUGACGGGAAGAGGCGUUUGUCUCCUGUGUCCUCUGCUACAAAAGGCCGUCCCAGAGGCUGUGCACAACACAUGGGCUCCUCAGCCAAGAGAAAAAAGGCACCGGAGAACUCUUGUCCAGGCUUGGAGGAGAGACGGAAGAGGAGGCGGUCCCUCGGGCAGCGCCCUGCUCCCCGACUGCGGCUGUGGAAGGCGGAGAGCAGCCUGCGGUCUGUGCGGAGGCCCGCUGUCAAGAGUCUGGCCCUCGAGGAGUUCUCAUACGAUGAUUACUUUUCUCCUGAUAAUCUCAAGGAGAGGGUCUCGGAGGGGCUUCUCGCGGAGCAGCUGCCCUCCAGACCCCCUGCGCUCCACUGCCAGAGGAGCCUUUCCAAGACCGAGAGGACCAGCCUCCUGGACAGGGCUGACCUCUCCCUCAUUGGCAGAAGCCCCAGGCCCGCCGUCAGCACCUGCUCCACGGCGAAGCCUGCGCUCUCCGGGGCAGAUGCGGAGCUGGGCAGCGGGACCUUGGGGGGCACGUCUGCUGCUGACAGGACCCUGGGCCCCUGUUCUUGGGCCGAGGCCCAGGGUGGGGGCGAUGUCCGCCCAGCUGGGGGUGACGCUCCGCAAACUCCCAGCCAACUCAUCCCCCAGAAGGGACCACGGGGAGACCGCAGCCCUCUGAAAGGAAGCAGGGAGGAGACGGAAGAAUGGACUGACCCCCAGAGCACACAGAAAGAAGGCGCUCCUCCUGAAACGACGGAGUCCGCUGCAGCGCACAGUGAGGGUAAACCGAGCGCUGCAGGUGGCUGUGCUGAGGACAGACCUGCGGGGGCGAGGGGGGCCCCAGCCCACGGCAGCAGUGGAAGUGUGAAAAGUGGACCAACAAGGCACAGUGUUGUGGCCAGCUCACGGAAAGGCUGCCAGGACCUCCUCAGACUGCGGGAGGAAUCCAGGAAGAAGGGGAGAGGCCAGAAGCCAACAAGAACAUUAGUCAUGACAAGCAUGCCAUCUGAAAAGUACAGCGUGGUGAUCCAGGUCGUGAACAGACUGAAGGGCUUCUCGCUAGCGCGGGAGGUGUGCGGCAGUACCACGCACGUGCUGGCCGGGAAGCCUCGCCGCACCCUGAGCGUGCUGCUGGGCAUCGCGCGCGGCUGCUGGAUCCUGUCCUUCGAGUGGGUACUGUGGUCUUUGGAAAUGGGUCACUGGAUUUCUGAGGAACCAUUUGAACUGUCUAACUACUUCCCUGCAGCUCCUAGAGUGACCAGCGCCCCAGGCUCUGGACCAGGUCGGGCGGGCAGUCCGCUCGGGCAGGGGCUCCGUCCACCCACCGGCCGAGGUGCGCGGGCAAACCAAGCUCGUCCUGCGGCCCUGUCUCCCUGCUGCUUGUUUCUGCCAGGAUCUGAGCUGUGUGGUUUUCCUCUACUUUGGCUCAUCAAAACUAGCACCUCACACUGUCCUGGUCCCACCAGGCAUCAGAAGUUGAAGGAUAAAACAGGAAUAAGGAAGGAGAGAUGCCGUUACGGGUGUGGUGAGAGCAGGACCCUGGCGUUUCUUGGAUACCGGUCUUAUGUAAGCAUUGUCUCAUUUAACCUUCACAACAACCCUAUGGGCCUAGUAUUGUUUUUCUCUCCUAAAAAAUAAAAAAAAGUCCACUUUGCUUUAUAAAGAAGGAAAUGGCAACCCACUCCAAUAUUUUUUGCCUGGAGACUCUCCAUGAACAGAGGUGUCUGGCAGGCUGCAAUCCAUGGGGUCGUAAGGAGUUGGACACGACUGAGCAACUAAGCAAGUGGUUUAGUAACUUGGCCAGCCCUAUACACCUAUGUUAGCAAUGGAACUAACUAAAAGAAGGCUCUCCGAGCCCAGGAACAAAAGGUUGUUUGAGGUGGUUUGCCUCAUUAAUAUUUAAUUAGUAUAAAUAUAUAUUCCCCUUCCCCUCUUUCUCCUUCUUUUUAAUUGGUUCCAUAUUGAGACCCUAUAAAGUAUUCAUAAGAAAUAUGUAAGAGAAAUAGUGCCUUUCUUGGAAAAUGAAAGGUUUUCUGUUUUUUUCAAUGAAUUUUUGAAGUUUCACCGACUAAUGACAAAACGGAGGAAAAACUUACGUGUAAACUUUACUUACGGUUUGAUGUUGACAUCAGAGUCAGUAAAUUAUUAACUGUCUCCAUCAGAUCAUGUUGCUGCUUUUGGAGAACUGAAUUAUUCACCGUGGCCGUCACCAGUUGUUUUUCUAGUUCUUCAAUGAUGGAAUUUUGCUUGGAUACUAACACCUGGAGCUGAUCUUUCUCUUCUUUGAUUGACCGAAGUUGAACUAUGUGCUUGUCUUCCAUAUCUAGAACUUUCUUUUCCAGGAAACUUGUAAAGGGAAAUAAUUGUUAGUUAGUGAAGGGUUUUCUGAUCACCAUCAAAGCCAUGAGCUUGGUAAACAUCUAAUCAGUUUCAUAAUCCUUAUACAGUCGUUUAUAUUUAUGUAAUUUCUGCUUCUGCAGGGCCCUCUGGUAAGAUGUCACAGGAGUUUUAAAGUAAUCAGAUGUUGCUGGAGCCGUGAGGAGGCUCUCAAGCGUGCUGAGAUCAGACAGAGGACAUAGAUAUGAUAUAGGCAUGAGGAGAAAGUGCCCUGAUGAAAAUGUAAGGUUCAUGACUAGAAAUUUCCACAUGCACUGUCUGUGAAGACCAUGGUUUUUCUCAAGAGGAACGUGGGCAUUGAGAAGGUGCCCUUGGUGUUGGGAACUCCUGGGGGUCAGAGCUCCGGGCUGAGAAUGUCACCUCUGCACGUGACCCCCCAGUGCUGCUCUAUCUGUGGGAAAGUCCACCUACAGUCAUGAAGUGAAAGUGAAGUCACUCAGUCGUGCCCAACUCUUAGCGACCCCAUGGACUGGAGCCUACCAGGCUCCUCCAUCUACGGGAUUUUCCAGGCAAGAGUACUGGAGUGGGGUGCCAUUGCCUUCUCCUCUCUACCUAAAAUGAAGGCCUUAGAUUAGAUGAUGAUCUCUGAGACCCCUUCUAGUUCAAAUAAUCUGUGAGUCUGUUAUUCCUUUUUGGGGGGCAGUAACAUUUUCUGAAACUUUAACCUUGGAAACAUUACUAAGCUAACUAAGGGCCUACCUACCUAUUCCAGGUCUUACCUAUAAGCAUUAAUAAUCAGUAUUAAUACUACUUAUUAUUAAAUUCAGUUGCAGCUCUUAAAUUUA